UCUGGCAGACUUCGACGGAGGCAGGAGAGAGAGAGAGAGAGAGAGAGAGAGAGAGAGGGGGGAGAGGGACGAUGAUGAUGAUUGGACGAGGUGUCAGCCAUCAGAAUCCGACGGUGCACGUUCCUCCUUGGUCUAGCGAUGAUCCGGCGGCCGGGUACGAGCUCCUCGACGAUGCUGCUCUCGCUGCGCUGCAACUGUAUUUUCGAGAGGAGGCAGGGGAGUACUCGUCGCCGGUGGUGGACACGUACUCGUCGGAUGACUUCCGGAUGUACGAGUUCAAGGUGCGGCGGUGCGGCCGGGCGCGCGCCCACGACUGGACCGAGUGCCCCUUCGCGCACCCUGGCGAGAAGGCCCGGCGCCGCGACCCUCGGAAGCAACGGUACUCCGGCGCCCCCUGCCCGGACUUCCGGAAGGCCGGUGGGUGCAAGCGCGGCGACUCUUGCGAGCUCGCGCACGGGGUGUUUGAGUGUUGGCUCCACCCGGGGCGAUAUCGCACCCAGCCAUGCAAGGAUGGCACCGCCUGCCGCCGCCGCGUCUGCUUCUUCGCCCAUACCCCCGACCAGCUCCGCCUGGUGCCGCCGCAGACGCACCAGCAUAGUUCUCCGUCGGCCGCAGCUGCCGAGUCGAACUUUCUACAGAAUUACCUCGUCAAUACUCUAGUUUCAUCGCCGACGUCGACGAUGACAUCGCCACCGAUGUCCCCGUCGACGGGUUCACCACCAAUAUCGCCGAGCGGUGGGAAGCUGCGGCGGGCGUCGUUUCAGGCCGGCUCCUCAGUUAACGACAUCGUGGCCUCGCUGAGGCUGCUGCAACUAGCCAAGGCAAACUCGGCGCCAAGCUCGUGGCCACCACCACAAGCGCAAAGCGGUGAGUUUUCCACUACGACCAGGUUUAAUGCUGAUUUCUGCAGCCCGCCGUCGACUCCGACCGUGACUGCAAUGAUGCACGCGGGCGCUGCUAGGUGGUUGGAGGAAGAGGAGCCGCCAAAGAGGGUUUACUCAGGGAGGCCGCUGAGGGCGAUGAUGUUCGAGAGGCUGAGCAAAGAAAGCAUCUCCGAGAUGGCAGAUGAUUCCCCGCCGGACGUGGACUGGGUCUCCGAGUUGCUGCAGUAGGUUACUGCCAAUUGCCAAUAACACAAUAGAAAUUGUGAAGAAUCGAAAUCCUCAUUCUUUCUUAGUAUACAUCCUCGAGAACAUCUGAAAUCCACAAAAACCCAAGAAAAAAAUGAAGAAGAAAAAAACGAUCUUGUUUGUGCACAUACAAAAACCUCUGCUGGUGGAGGAAGAUGACGAUUAGUAUUAAGUUUCUUCUGUUGUACAAAGAAGGAUUAGAAGUCUCCAGAUGAAAUGGCCAGCGAUCGUUGGGAACUACUAACUGCCAUUGGGUCACUUGUCCUGUCCACUGUUAAAUCUGGCCACCGUCAUGUAGGUAUUAGAGCUUUAAUUAUUCUUACUGUCCUUUCAUUAUGUGGACAUUGUUGUUGUCAAACUUUCUAUCCAAUGGAUUUCUAGUGAUUUCUUCGCACUAA